UCAAGAUUCAGCCAGCACUCGAUCCAAAAGGGGUCCAAGCUGAGCAAGCUGUCUCGGCAAAGGUUUGGCCACUGAUGGGACAUGGGCAAGCGCCCUUGCUCAGGCAACGAUGGAGAACGCCUUUUCGUGGGCGUGGAUUUGGGAGGAACCACCAUUUCAGCUGGUCUCGUGAAUGCAGAGGGCACGCUUCUUGGCAUUGCAUGCCUCGCUGUGAACGCGCGUGCCAGCAGGGAGGAUGGGGAACCUUGCUGUCUGAUGCAGUCGGCGAGGAUCACCGUCCACAUGCCAUCAUUCAACGUAUCCGCGCUCUGGUCGAGGUGGUGCUGCGAGGCAACAGCCGAACGCUGGAGGACCUCGAGGCCUUGGGAGUUUGCACACCAGGCCUCAUGGACUCACGUUCUGGGGUCGUGCAAGCUGCUGCGAAUCUGCGUGGGUGGCGAGAGGUCCCUUUGGUUGAGCUUCUGGCAGAGGAGUUUCACUGGGAAGCGUCCAAAGUGACUUUGGAGAACGACACCAACGCUGCGUUGCUUGCAGAGGCGUGGACCGGCGCAGCGGCAGGAAUCAAACACAUCGUGCUCUUGACGAUUGGAACUGGAAUUGGUGGUGCCAUCAUGUGCGAUGGCCAGCUGCUUCGGGGCAGCAAGGGCCAAGCUGGUGAAAUAGGCCACUCCAUCUUAGUGCCCGACGGUCGGACCUUUGGAGGCGCUGGUGUGAGUGGCAUUUUUGAAGGAUAUGCAUCUUGCAGUGCUGUGGCGAUACGCGCCCGAGAACUUAUGCCACCAGACUCAUCUCUGAGCAAACUGGAGGCUGUGGAGUGUGAGGAUGUCUUUAAACACGCUGCUGCUGGCGACAGCUAUGCGACAGAGCUUGUUCAAGAGACAGCAAAGUACUUGGCGUUGGGAUGCAUCAAUUGUUGCCGUUUUGUGGAUCCCGAGCUGAUUCUUUUCUCUGGCGGAAUGGCUGAGGCAGGAGACGCCUUGCUCACAGAGGUCCGCAGGCAGUUCCAGAAGUAUCAUUGGAACCUGGAACCUGUUCGUGUGAAGCUCAAAUUGGCAUCUGCAGGGCGCAAUGCUGGACUUUUAGGAGCUGCAAGGGCUGCUAUGUUGUCCCAAAGAUGAUGGCAGGCGCGCUGCAUCGCCCGUUCGAACGAGCGCAUCGCGAGUUCAGUCGAGAAAAGGAACGCAGAGCGCAGCAGAGCGCAGCGGAGCGCAGCGGAGCGCAGGG